AUGGUACCGGUACUGACGGAUCGUUCUAUAAUUGAAAGACAUGUUAUGCAACUGGGUCUACCUUAUAAUGACUUUUGUCGAGGUUGUGGUUCUGCAGAUAAGGAGGAAAUUGAACGUUACAAAACCGACAUAAAUCUGGCGAUACAAUUGCUGCAGUGCAAACCCGACAGUUUUAUGCCACAAAAGGUGUCCUCGCUUCCCAUCGAUAUACAAUCAAAGGUUUCGGCUUAUAUGCGUCUGGAGACCAAUUCACAUUCCGAUUCGGAGGGCAGCACUAGUGGUGUUGGUGUUGCAACCUCUGCUUCCUACAAAGUACUUCCAGCCUCUGAUUCACCGCCACCAGCACCAUGCCCCUUUCCACCUACUGCAAUGGUAUACUCAAUGAGGGGCCUUGGUAAGUAUGCUAAAAAUAAUGUUAAUAAUAUUACCAACAACAACAAUAAUAGCACUUCAAAGGAAAAUAGCAACACUAAUAGCAAUAAUAACAAUAUCAAUAACAAUACAAGCAAUAUAUGCAAUUCCAAUACAUCACUAAACAACAAUAGCAGCACAAAUGGUCACAAUAAUGAUCCUGAUAUGAUUUCACCAGUGCUGAUGGCCAAAUUCCUAGAGGACGAAUUAAAGGCAAGCGAGGUAAAACAUUGCGACACCUGCCAGUGUGCUAAGCAGGACUUAACUGUCUUGGCUGAUGUGUCACGUUCAUAUACAGUUAGCACACAGACGCCUUUUGCUCAUAGUGGCAACUUGAAUGAACCACUGACACAAUUGUGUUUGCGCUGCAAUAGCAAUCUCAACUCACCCUCCCGCACCAAUAGUCCAUAUCUUAUGAAACUAGUCAAGUCCAGCGAUUCUGUGAUAUCGGAAACCAAAAGCUCCGUGUCAGAUUUAAAUGAUAUGGAUAAACUAUUUCUGCCGGCCAAGAAGGAUGAUCUCAUGGUUAAUCCCAUUUUGGGUCAUCACAGACUAUGCGAACGCACUAAUGGUAGUGGAGCAAUUAGUCAACAAAAUGGUGCUUUAGUUACUAAUAGUAAGUUGUCUUCAAUGUUGUAUACUAGCUCACAGCUUGAUGCGUAUGCAGCUGAAAAGUACUUAAUGGAAGUCACAAGUUUAGCUGGGGUUAAAAAUGGCUAUCAGCGCAGAUUUCUCGAAGGAGGCGGUACAGCUUUAGAACUGCUAGGUAAAUAUGAACCAACUAAUGCAAUUAAACAGGAGAAUUUAAAUGAAAUCAAUGGCAAUGAUGAAUUAGAGGAUGAAGCGAAACCAUUGUUAAGUGCAGUAUCACAAACGAAUUUAUUGGAAACCGAGAAACCACAAAAGGUUGACGUCAGUGAUAUUAAUAAUGAGCUUAUAAAAACACCCGCAAGCUCGUGCAGUGCGGCUAACGUGAAGAAUAAUCUAUUGAGAACGACCAUAUCUGGUAGCGUGAAUAGUUUAUGGAGUAAAACGAGUAGCUGUGAAGGUGCGAAGAUGUUUGAGAAUUUUAAUAGAAAUUUAAUCAAAACAAUUAAGGCUGAAAAUCCAAAGUAUCGUGGACCACGUUUAUGUGCUAUGCGCAUACAACAGAAUGGACAAAGCAAUAUAUUGCUGGACAACAUAGAAUCAAUGGAAGCGGUUACACCGAUUAUAUAUAGAAGACGUGAGCGUCUCUUAGACGAAGAGUUAGAUGAUACGAAAGAUAUAAUCACUUCAAACUCUACUAGAUGCUUACCAAAUGUAGAUAAGUUAGAUUUAAUAGAAAGUGUAGAGAAAUGUAGCAAUAGUGGAACUGGUGAAAUUUUAGAUCCGAUAUGUGCACUAAGUGUAACUAAUGAUCUCAGCACAAGUGAAUGUAAGGCAAUCAUGUGCAAUAAUAAUGAGGUUAUACAUGUAGCUGGCUGCAAUGGAGAAACUAAAGGCGGUGGUUUACUUGAUGAAAUCAAUUCUCCUAGCUUAAUAGUAACAAAUGUAGAUUCUCAAAUUGAACAAAAGACUGGUAAAACUGAUAUAGAAAUGUAUAAAGAUAUAAAAUCAAACUUAUCGACUGACAAAUGUGCUGAACUUAAGCAAGAAAUAGGACUCGCAAAUCUAGUGGAUUUGACAAGUGAACUACAACAACAAUUGGAUAAAACUUCUUCAAGUUUCGAAAUAUUGCAAAAUGAACCUAGUUCAAAAAAUUCCUUAAAUUCAAAAUCUUGCACACAAUCCAGUUCGGUAAGUGAUGUUAUAGAUUUUCAAGAGAGUGUUAUAUUACGUAGACAGCAAUUGAGCCGUGUAGCCGAAUGGGUACAGAAUAAUACACAACAAUUAGAACAGCAGCAACAAGUGAUAAAUGCUAUGAAUCAUUGUGAUUCUUCAGGUACAGAUCGUCAGUCCUCAUUCUCUACCAUUGAUCAAUUAGAUUCUGUUUCUAUGGAAAAGUUAUCAAUGGACUCUGGUUAUAAGACUACACCGCAACCACAAACUAAUGGUUAUUCAGAUAAUCAACAAGAUGAAACAAAUAAAUCAACUGAAGAUUCAUUAUCACCCAAAACUGAACCAGUUAAUAAUCAUACGAAUAUUAAUAAUAAUAUUAAUAAAAUGCAACAAACACCGCCAUUACAAUAUCAACAACAACAACAACAGCAACAACAACCACUUAUUAAUACUGCGCAUACAUUUUAUCGACGCACAACACGAUCGGGUCUUCCAGUUGCAUAUACUACAUCUGAUCUCAUUACGCAUAACGGCAGUACUUGCAACAGUAACACUCCAACUCUGCCAGAGCAGCCAACGUGUGAUAUAUUAAAUUAUAAAUAUUAUCCCAGUGAAACGGAUAAGACACGUGCCAUUAAAGCGGAAUUGCACACCACCACGCAGAAUGUGGACAUAGCACAAAUGGAAUAUAAUGUCAAACAAUUUUUGCUCAAACAGAAUGAAUGGUCUAUGCACUGUUCCCGCACAAAUAAUAGUAAUAGUACCGGUACUAUUGUCUCGACAGGUAGUCAAUUGCACAGCAAUGGAAAUAUCGGUUUAGCGACAACACAGAAACUACAAACUACAGGUAAAAACUUAAGGCAUAUGAAAUUAUUUAGCGGUGCCGGAAUCGGUCCAGGUGUUGGAGAACGUGUACGUGUGACAACAACAACUACGCCGGCUCUAAACGCUAAUCAAGUCAUAGCAACAACAAUCACAGCGCCGAGUAGUGCUACUACAGGAAAUAAACCCGUGGUACACACAAUACCACAAAGAACUGAAACGAAUUUAUAAGUAGCAAAAUAUUUGUUAAUUAAUUGCUUAAAUAGAUAAAAAAUAUAUUAUAUAUAUUGUACUUUUAGCAUAGUUGAGAGCAUGAAUGUGGAUAAUAUAGACCUUCAGAUAUUCUAAAACCAAACAUAUUUACUUGUAAUU